CCACCUCCACCAUGGCUACUCCAAUCACCUCCUCAUCUCGGGCGAGCAUCUCUCGACGCUUGGCCACCUUUGGCGAAAGUGACGACGACAUUGACAUCUGCAGCAGCUACGACGACGGCUCGGUCGUGGGCGACGUGCCCGAGUCGUCGACCUUUGUCGUCUCGCUUUCAAACGCACCCACUGGCGCGACGACGGCGGGUGGUACGGGAUGGACGCCGCCGCCGCCGCUGCCGGCCACCGAGCUGAGUGGCGAGCAGGUGGCACGGCUGAUGGCCCGGGCCGAGGACGAUGAUGCAUCGGGCGCAGGGCCGAGCAACGACAACGGCGACGUCCAGGAGUUCAACCAGCGCGAGAAGACUCUGCCCACACCCAAGACCGGCGACGUCAUCGAGCUCGAUCUCUUUGCCCCGCAGCCCGACGGCGCGCCUCAGCAGGAGCCGGUCUCGGAGGAAGAGAUGGCUGCCCGCGCCAAGGCGCUCGCCGGCGACGUCACCAUCCUGAGGUACUACCCCGAGGGCAGUACCGCGGCGCGCGGCCAGUCCAAGACCGUCACCAACCUCGCUAUCACCUUUAACCAGCCGAUGGUUGAGCUUGGCUCCAUCGAUGCGCAGGACGCGGUUACUCCGGCCGUGCUUGACCCACCGUGCACGGGCGCCUGGCGCUGGACCGGAGUCACCACCCUCCAGUUUGUGCCCGACACCCGCUUUGCCUUCUCCACCACCUACACCGUCUCCAUCCCCGCAGGCACCGCCUCGGCGCUUGGAAACAUGCUCCCGGACGACUUUAGCUUCAGCUUUACCACCAACACCCUCGUUCUCCAGCACUCGGUCCCGCGCUCCUCGACUCUCCGCUCAAACGUGGUCCAGUCGCUCCGCCCGCGCAUCCUCCUCCAGUUUGACCAGGCCGUGGACCCGGAGGCCAUCCUCGCCUCCUCCUCCAUCACCGCCAACAACGCGCCGUACUCUGGCACGCUCACCCUCUGCUCCGACUCGCCCGAAAUCCUCGUCAAGAACCCCGACUUUGAGUGGGCCAUCCGCGGCCUCCGCUCCCGCAACGCCCUCGACCACAUGGUCGUCUUUGACCUCUCGGACGAUCUACCCACCGACGCCGCCAUCGCGCUGGUUGUCGCCGCGGGCGCGUCCUCGGCUGAAGGCCCCAACACCACACCCGCGCCCAUCACCAUCGCCUUCCACACCUACCCGCCGUUCUCCGUCAUUCAGCCGUCGACCUCGCCCGGCUCCCGGCCUGGCGCCACCUGGAUGGUCCGCUUCACCAAUCCGAUCGACUACACCACCCUCCGCAAGGACCUCAUCACCAUCGAGCCGCAAGUCGAGUUCUCGGUCCAGGUCCACGAGCACUCGGCCACCUCGAUCUCCAUCGUCAACUCCUCGACCAAGAACACAACCUACACCCUGACUAUUGCUCGUGACCUCGCCGACAUUCACGGCCAGGCCCUCACCAACAACACUGUCACCAUCCGCGUCGGCAAGCCGUACCUCUGCGGCUCGGUCUCGGGCCCCACCGGGAUGGUGACACUCCAGGCAGCCUCGGGCGACCCGACCGUCUUCCCGGUCGUCGUCUACAACUUUACUGCCAUUCGUGUCCGCAUCUUCCAUGUCGAGCCCAACGAGUACCUCUCCUCGCCACUCGUCUCCACCUACAACUACUUUCACCCCGAGCGCGAAAACUUGCUUGACAUCGGCAAGAAGGUCGAGGACUACGAGGUCGACCUCGAGGACGCCGAAGAGAAGCCGCUCGACUACGUCGUCAAUCUCGAGCCAUUCCUCCAGCACCCGUCGUCGAACACCGGCCAGCUGUACGUAGUUGUCGAGCCCACCGUCGCCGCCUGGAAGACCCUCAAGUCGCGUGUCCGCUACGGCAGCGCAGAGUACCGCUACCGGCCCAUCGCCCACGCCUGGGUCCAGAUCACAAACAUCGCCCUCGCUGCACUCACCUACUCGGCCACGACGCCCAAGACCCUUGUUUGGGCCUCGCAGCUUGCCACGGGGAUCCCGCUCUCAGACCUUGCCGUCUCGCACCUCGCCUCCCGCGGCUCGUCGUCAGGAACGCAGCUCGGGUGCACCGACCCCGCGGGCGUCACCAUCUACGACGGCAGCAUCUCCAACUCGGGCAUCGUCGUCGCCUCGCACGCUGACGACCUUGCCUUUGUCACUGACGUCCGCGUUUCACGGAGCGCCCCGUCCGAGCCGCGCUGGUACGUCUUUGACGACCGUAAGCUCUACAAGCCAAACGAGGUCAUCACCGUCAAGGGCUUUCUCCGCCACGUUCAUAUUGACGUCGACGGCGCCAUCGCGCCAGACUACGUCCGCGGCUCCAUCUCAUGGACUGCGUACGACUCGCGCGGCAACAAGAUCGCCGACUCGGCCAGCCAGGGCCCCAUCGCUGCCGACGCCGACGGACCGCGUCUCGACCCGUGCCUCACCCUCUCUUCCUACGGUGCCUUCCACUUCCAAGUGGCCCUCCCCGACAACCUCAACCUCGGCGAUGGCCGCAUCGUGAUCAGCUACUCCGGCUCGUCUAGCCUGCCGGCGACAUCGUACACCCACUCCUUCUCGUGCCAGGAGUUCCGCCGCCCCGAGUACGACGUCUCGGCCUCGUUCGAGUCGCUCGGCCCACACAUCUCGUCCAACGCAGCCGCCGGAUCCGUCACCGCCCUCGUUUCGGCCCAGUACUUUGCUGGUGGCGCGCUCGCUGACGCCGAGACCCGCUGGGAGGUCACCGCCAAAACCGGGAGCUACACCCCGCCGCACCGCUCCGACUACACCUUUGGCCGCCAGAACAAGUGGUGGCUUCGCCCGUGGUGGGAGCCGGCGCCGUCGCACUCGGCCAGCCUUGGGACGUGGAAUCAUACCGAGGCUACCACCGACGCCGACGGCGAGCACAGACUCCUCAUCGAGUUUGCCGGCAAUGACGUCCCGCCGGCGCCUAUCACUCUCGAGGCCGCCGCCACCGUCAUCGACCUCAACUAUCAGGCUCGCUUCGCCAAGUCCACCACUCUUCUCCACCCGUCUUCGCUCUAUGUCGGCUACAAGGUCAAGGCAUGGGGCACCGCCGGCGAGCCGCUUGCCAUCGAGCUUGUCGUCGUCGACGUUGACGGUGAGCUCAUCGCCGGUGUCGGCAUUGACCUCGAGGUCACUCACUCGGUCACCACCCUUGUCGAGGAUGCCGAGUCCGGCAUCGCCUCCUGGGCCACCACCGAGUACUCGGACGUGCUUCACUUGGUCUCGCCCGACGGCGCCCCGCUCGUCACCGACUACUUGCCCACCCAUGGCGGCUCGUACUCGUUCACCGCCACCGUCACCGAUGCCGCCGGCUCGCUCAACGCCUCCUCGUUUGCCGUCAACGUCCGCGGGAAAGAGCCCAAGCGCGGCGCCACCAACUCGCGCGUCGAGGCCGGCGAGCUCCUUCUCAUCGCUGACAAGCAGUGCUACUCGGCAGGCGACACUGGCGAGCUCCUUGUCCAGGCUCCGUUCACUGACGGCGAGCUUCUCCUCACCUUUACCGCCGACGGCCUCCAGGCCACCCUCCGCGAGCCGCUCAUCGACGGCGCCGCAGUCGUGCCCUUUUCCGUCGACGCCUCGUGGUUGCCCAACUUUGAGAUCCGUGUCGACGCCGUUGGCACCGAGCCGCGCCUCACCGCCCUCGGCCAGCUCAACCUCGCCGCCCCGCCCAAGCCCGCCCUCGCCUCGGGCAAGCUCAACUUGCAGGUCGACAAGCGCGCCCGCUCGCUCGACCUCGUCGUCUGCCCCGCUUCAGACUCGAUUGCUCCGGGUUCAGAGACCUCGGUCUCUGUCGCCUGCAACCACGCCGAUACCGGCGCCCCGGCGGAGGGUGUCGAGGUCACCCUUGUCGUUGUCGACGAGGCAGUCCUUGCCCUCACAGGAUACAAGCUCUCCGACCCGGUCGAGACCUUUUUCACCCGGCGCUCCACCGGCGAGUCCAACUCGACAUUUUCCCACGAGUCGGUCCUCCUCCUCUCCGAGGAGGACCUCGAGCGGUUCCGGACCCAGGCCCAGUCGGAGCUCGCUGACAACGAGGCCUCAGCCUCGGCCAUCAUGCCUGCGUCCAAGGCCUGCUGCGCCCGCUCCUGCGCCGUGCCGGCCAUGAUGAACUGCAUGCCGCAAGCCCGCGGGAUGUGCGCAGUGGACGACUCGUCUGACGGCGACGACUUUGACGACGACGACAACGACGACUGCCUCGACUCCACCGAUAACGCACCCACCGCCGACGAUGACGCCGCCGAGCUUGCCGAGGGCGCCGCCAAGGUCCGGGUCCGCACCAAGUUUGACGCCCUUGCUCACUUUUCGCCGACCUCGGUCACCGACGCCAGCGGCCGCGUGGAGCUCACCUUUACCGUCCCCGACUCGCUCACCCGCUACCGGAUCUGGGCCAUUGCUGCCACCGACACCCGCUAUGGACUCGGCGAGAGCAAGGUCACCGCCCAGCUUCCGCUCAUGGUCCGCCCCUCGCCGCCGCGGUUCCUCAACUACGGCGACUCGGCGGUUGUCCCGGUCGUCCUGCAGAACCAGACGUCCGACGAGCUCAAGGUGUACAUCGGAUGCAGCACGAGCAACCUCGAGCUCGCGCCCGGCUUUGCCGGCGGCUACGUCGCCCUCCUUGCCCCUGGACAGCGCGGCGCGCUCUCGUUCCCGGUUGCCACCGCGGGCGCCGGGACUGCCCGCCUCCAGUGGGUUGCCGCCGCCGGCGACUUUACCGACGCCAUCCAGAAGACCGUCCCGGUCUUCACCCCGGCCACCUCGGAGGCGACCGCGACCUACGGCGACACAGAGAAUCCCGAGGGUCUCCUAGCCUUUGACCUUCGCCCGCCGCUCGACGCCAUCCCGCACUUUGGCGGCGCCCAGGUCUCGCUCACCUCGACCGCCGUCGCCGCUCUCACCGACGCCUUCAUCUACCUGCACAACUACCCGUACGAGUGCUGCGAGCAGAUUGCCUCCAAGCUCCUCGGCAUCCUCCCGCUCCUCGACGUGCUUGAGGCCUUUGACGCCGACGACAUCCCCAGCCGUGCCGCGCUACAGGCCUCGGUGUCCAAGGACAUGAAGCUCCUCGCACGCCGGCAAAAGUCGUCGGGUGGCUUUGGCUACUGGAACGACCGCGCCGAUCCGUAUGUUACCUGCCAUGUCGCGCAUGCGCUUGCCAAGUGCGUCGAGCGCGGCCUCGACGUGCCGGACAACCUCGUCUCGCGCACCAUUCGCUACCUCCAGGACAUCGACAGCCACCUUGCCCACUGGCCGUUUGUUUUGUACUCGCUCAAGACGCUCAACGGCUUCCGCGCUUACGCCGCCUUUGCGCUCACCCGCCUCGGCGUCGACUCGGGCCGUCGCGCCGCCGAAGUCUUCCGCGCCCACCCGAUCCACGAGUUCUCGCUCGAGGCGCUCGGCUGGCUCCUCGUUGCUCUCUCGGUCACUUCGGUCGGCGGGAUCGACGACCCCAAGGCCGCCAUUCUCAAGCACCUUGCCGGGCGAGUCAACGAGACUGCUCAGACUGCGUUCUUUGUCUCGGACUACGGCGACGAAGGCGCGUACGUCAUGCUCCACUCGAACCGCCGGACUGACGCCGUCCUCCUCGAGGCCCUCCUCGAGGCCGAGCCGGACUCGGACCUCAUUGUCAAGGUCGCCAAGGGCCUGCUUGCCCACCGCCGUGCCGGCAAGUGGCGCAACACCCAGGAGAACGCCUUUUGUCUCGUCGCUCUCCACAAGUACUUUACCGUCCGUGAGGCCGAGGUCCCCGACUUUGCUGUCCACCUCUGGCUCGCAUCGGAAUUUGCCGGUACCGCUGCCUUUGCCGGGCGCACAACCGAUACCCUCGUCGGCACCGUGCCCAUGGCCAAGCUCCUCGACUCGGCCGCAGCCUCAGACCGCGACGGACUCACUCGGCUCAUCGUCGAAAAGUCCGGCCCUGGCCGUCUCUACUACCGCAUCGCAGUCGACUACGCUCCCGCCGCGCUCACUGUAGAUGCUCUCGACCGCGGCUUUACGGUUGCGCGCGAGUACGUUGGUGUCGACUCGCCCGAUCACGCCGUCCGCGCAGACGACGGCUCGUGGCGCAUCGCUCUGGGCGAGAAGAUCCGCGUCCGCGUCUAUAUGCGCACCACCCAGCGCCGCUACCAUGUGGCACUCGUCGAUCAGCUUCCUGCGGGCUUUGAGGCUCUCAACCCGGCCCUCAAGGGCACGCCCGAGGUCGAGCUCAAGAACCUGCCUGCGCCCGCCGGUGCGGCCUCGGGCAACGGAGCAACUACGGCGUCCCGCUCCAUCUUUGCCUGGCGCUGGGUCGACCCGCUUCGUUGGUUCGAGUUCCAGAACCUCCGCGACGAGCGCGCCGAGGCCUUCCGCUCGCUCCUCUGGGAGGGCAACUACGAGUUCCAGUACAUCGUCCGCGCCACCACCGCCGGCUCGUUUGUCGUCCCGCCGGCCAAGGCCGAGUGCAUGUACGAGACCGAGAUCUUUGGCCGCUCUGCCUCUGGCCGCGUCACCAUCGCGUGA